UUGGCAGUCGCUCGCCCGUGGGGAAAUUCGAGGUUCCCGCCCGCGUCAGUGAGCGCGAGGAACUCGCAACGAGCGGUGUUUGCCGGCAUCUGGAUUAAAUUAUUUAAAUAAGCAUCCAGAUGAAUAAAUAGAUCAUCUUUAUCCUUAUCUAGAUGGAAGAAAUACAAAAUAGAGAUUGAACUGAAAUUUGGCCAAUCAGAGCAGGAUUCGCUGAAAUUGACUUAAAUUUCAAUUUGUAGCCUAGUACGGGCACGAGUAGGUCUGCUAGACAAAGGCAGUGUCUAAGUAGUAUCUCGCUCUCUGUCUUACUAACGUUAUAUAGUCUACAUAGGCCAAGAUAAGACAGAGACGGACACAGUUAGACAAAGACAGGGAUACUAUUUGGAUAUGGUCUCUCUCGGCACGAGGUUAUCCAGCAGAAACAAGGGCGGUGCUCAUCUCAGUUUGUUACAUAAUUCAAUUUGGUAUGCUCUUUUGCAUGCUUUUGUAACUUCGGUGACUGAAGUGACGAAAGCAUACUGAAAGGUGAUGUUUCUGAAUGAAGCCUGGGUGAGUUUCAGAACAACUGAUGUCUAAUGAUGCGCACAGUCAGUGUGGAUUCCCGAAGGCGACUUAUAUAUCAUUUGGUUAGACAAACUACGUGGCAUUUGGCAUGUUUGUAUUGCUUGCGCAUUUUUCCCCACUCGAUUUUCUCCUCGUCUUUGCUUCUAGUUCGUCCGAACAUAUGUUCUACGACUCAUUUCAUUGGCCGCAAAGUGAACCAGCCUAAGUGAAGAUAAGUGGAAAGAACAAAUCCUGUUAUCUUAAUUUAUCAACUAAUUGUUUGAUAAUGUUAUCAGCAUUACAAAAAAACACCCUAUGUAGAUACUGAUUUUGAGCUUUACAAAGAGGUUUUCCUUUGGAGUGUCCGUAGCAGUUGUGAAUAUUGAGAAAUCAGUUAUGUGCAUUUUAUUUAUUUACCGUAAUUCGGAUGCAGAUGCUAAUUCCUAUCGAUUAAUAGUUGCGUCAAAUCGAGAUGAAAUGUACAAACGACCUACAUUAUCAGCUCAUUACUGGGAUCAGUAUCCGGAUUGUCUGGGAGGUAUUGACAUGGAACCUGGUAAGGAAGGUGGAACUUGGUUAGCUCUGUCGACGAAAGGAAAAGCUGCUGUCACUUUAAAUUUCAUUAACAACAGAUGUGCAAUUGAUGCGUCAAAAAAGGGUCGUGGACCUUUGAUAACAAAUUUCAUUACUUCCAAUGAUUCCAUGGAAUUAUACUUGGACAAAUUACACAGAGAAAAUGUUAAUGGACAGCCAUAUAAUCCGUAUUGUUUGAUUUUGUUAAAUUUAUACAACGCCAAUGUACAUUAUCUAAACAGUUGUAUAGGAUCUACGGGGCCUAUAAUGUGUAACAGUGAUAUUAUAGGUAUUGGAAAUAGUGGAUUAGAUCGUCCUUAUAAGAAAGUGGAGGCGGGGAAAGAAGAAUUUAAACGUAUCGUAAAGAAUGCGGAUAUCACGAAUCAGAAUAAUCUGAUUGAAGAGCUUGUUAAUUUUUUAAAAUCAAAAAAAAGGUAUCUGCCAGAUCCUGAGUUGCAAGAGAGAUCUCCAACAAGAUACAAAGAACUUAGUUCAAUUUUUGUUUCUAUCGGAAAAGAAUAUGGUACAAGGACACAUUCCAUAUUACUAGUUGAUGGCAUGAACCGCGUAAUAUUCGUCGAAGAAACGCUUAUGCCUGAUUUUACAUGGAAACGGCAACAGUUUAAAACUAAUUUGAUGUAAUAAUAGAUGAUAUUUUUUUUUUAUUGUAGUCACUUGGUAGUUACACAUAGUUUUACAAAUACUAUAUCUAUAAAUAAAAAUAAUGUUUAAGGGGAGAAUA